AUGCAGGGACGUGGGGCCAGCGCUGGCUUGGAGUUCCACUUUCCUGGCUGGACGGCCGACGUGGGUGGAGGUGGACCCGCCGGCGCUUACUCCACGCAGGACGGGUCGUUCAGGCGCGUAGACGACUGGCGGCGCGACCUUGACGACUUGCAGGAGGAACAGGCUUUCGAUGGCGAAGCAGUCUUGCCGGAAGCCGCGUCACCCUCGGCAGCAUCCCGCCGGGCGGAAACCGCUUCACCCGAUUCGCCGUCGGCGAAGAGGCCAAAGACGCAAUUAUGGGAAGGCGAAGAAGGAGAGUGCUCGAGCAGCGACCAUGUUGCCAGCCUGGGGACUCUGUCGGAUGACUUGGUGAUGAAAAUUCUGCUGCUUGUUGACCCGAGGGGUGUCGUGAGCGUCAGCGCGGCCAGCCAGAGGCUGCACCGUCUGGCCAUGAGCGAGGAGGUGUGGUCGGGGUUGUGGAAAAGGCUGGGCGGCCGGCAUCGUUGGGAAUCAGGUGCGGAGCGGUGCAGCACGCUCAAGGAGAGGGCCGCAGGGCUGCCUGCUGGCGUCUUCGAGGCAUUGCAGCCCAUUCUGCCGGUUCCCAGCGAACUGACGGAUCCACCAAGCGGAUACCCUCAAGACGCAGCCACGAGUGAUUCAUGGCCAACGGGGAAGGCAAUAAGGAUUCCCAAAGUCGACUAUUCCAGCGCCUCUGCGGAGCAACUCGAGUUUGCAUUGACAGUGCUGAGCUCUGCUACCGUUGGUUCCCACACCGGCGCUGUUGCUUGGAAAAGGGCAAGUAAUGACAGUCCCACUGAAAGACGAGUGCCCGGGCAUCCAACAGGUGCAGAGGAGUGCGGACUGGUCAGCCCAUUAGCGCGGAUGAUUUUGCCACCGUUCAGCUGUUCCCGCGCUGCAUGUGGGUCCGGAGAACAUCGGCUACCAGAAGUCCAGCAGUUCGAUGAUCAGCAUUUACGAAAAGACCAAGUCCUGCGGCCCAAGAUCCACUGCCAUCCAGGACAGUUCUGGUAUUUGUACAAAAGCAUGACGUGCCUAGGAAGGGCUGCAGACUCGUUCAUUGGAGGCCUGGUGGCCACAUUUUACCAGGCAUCCAUUCAGUUGUAUACAUUGCUACCACCUGGAGAUAACUUCACUGCCACAGUUGCCAUCGCUUCGCAGCACUUGCUGCAGCUCACCAAAUACGACUGGAGCAAGACAUACGAUGGACUGUGUGCCAUCUGCACUGCUGCAGCCGACCUCAUCCGCCUUGAAGUGGCCUGCAAGACUGGCAGCCAGGGGGUUGGGAGUGAGCUUUGGCAACGAUUGCCUGCUGGCAGCCCUCAGGACAAUGCGGCUGUGGAGCAUUGUGUGGGAGAGCAGGCAGAUUGGGAUGCUUGCAGCGAGUCGACUGUGCAGUCCUCGGGAUGCAGCAGCUGUCCAUGCCCCAUCUAUACUUGUGGGUUGGAGCACGACACGUCUGUGCAAGCUGCGUCAGGAUGUGUUGAAUUUGAUGGCUGUAUUUGGAUGCAUGUGCUGGAGGCGUGGGCGGUGUACCAACUGUGGCUGCGGGUGGUAGUGCAGCAGUGCACGUUGCUUGCUGACUGUGUUUCUGCAGAGCGCACUGCCGAGGGAAUGACUUUUGGUGGGCCAAAGACUCCAACAAUAUUCAGCAUGGGCAAGGCGAUCUUCAGGUCCCAGGUGCUCCUCGCCCAUGGCCUCAGGAGCCAGCUCCAGACGUCCGCAGAGCUGAUUCAAGAGCGUCGGGAUGCAUACCCUUCUCUGGCGCUGUCCAUGUCAAGGUUCCUUGAGGACAUGGACGUCUCCGACGACCUCACGCUCCCAGAGCAGGCACGCACACAAGAGAAGCUUUGGCGGUGCUUUGGGACAAAAUCUGGGUUCAGGGACCGCGAGAGCCGCGUGACAGUGCUUGAAGGUGGCAUGGGCAGAUCGUAG